CAGCAUCCUCCCCUGAAGAGGAGAUCAAAAUAGAACCAUUGAACAUCUUAUUGGAUAUCAGGCCAUGGAUACCGAUAUCAUUGGCCUGCCACUGGCAGAGUUGCUACCCAAAAUGGUUCGGUGGAUCUAACUUGUAGCGCAGCGCAGCCAUAUACCGGAGUUAGCCUUGAUUCAGCAUUAUUUCACCGUUUCCAAACCCGGGUAAGACUCUUCCAUAUGUCUUAACUGAGCCCUACUUGAUUCACUACCUUAAAUUAUUGGCAGCUCUGUUCAAUCUUUCGUUCUCAAACUUUCUCAAAUAUAGACUCAGCUCCCCUUCGUGUUGACGUAAUCGUUGCAACUCCAGCAUAUCAUUUCUUCUUAAGUACGGUCUCUACUGAGUAGGUAAGAAUGUUGUAUGCGCAACUUCUAUUCGCGCUGCAAGCACUAGUCGUCAGUGCAAAGACUGUUACGUACGAUUGGAGCGUGGAUUGGGUUUCGGUAUCUCCUGAUGGUUUCACACGACCGGCUAUAGGUAUCAAUGGAGCUUGGCCAUGUCCUACGAUCACUAUUGACAUCGGUGACCGGGUCAUUGUGAACUUGAAGAAUAACUUGGGAAAUGAAACGACCUCAAUUCAUUGGCAUGGCAUCUUUCAAACAGGCAGCGCCCAGAUGGAUGGUCCUGCCAUGGUAAAUCAAUGCCCCAUUCCACCAGGCUCUAGCUUCAAGUAUGACUUCGAGAUCAAUCAACCGGGAACUUACUGGUACCAUUCACACGUUGGGAGUCAAUACAUUGAUGGCUUGCGUGGCCCGAUCAUUGUUCAUGACCCCGCCGCACCUUACGCUGGAAAGUACGACGAUGAGAUUGUCAUGACCAUCUCCGACUGGUAUCAUACGCAAGCUCCCUACCUUAUCGAGUACUUCGAGUCUCCCUUAAACGAGAAUUUACACGGCGGUUCGGAACCAGUGCCAAACGCGACACUGAUCAAUCAUGCUCAAAACGUCCAAUUCAAGGUCAAACCCAACAAGACAUACCUGGUCCGGGUCAUCAAUGUAGGAGUGUUUUCAGCUCAAUGGGUUAACUUUGAUGACCAUGAUAUGGACGUGGUAGAAGUUGAUGGAGUCUACACCCAAUCCCACAGAGUCAGCCAGCUUUUUCUGACGGCUGCUCAACGUUAUACUGUCCUUCUUAAAACCAAAUCCACGACAAAGACCAAUUACGCAAUCACAGUUUCUAUGGACCUUUCCAUGUUUGAUCCUGGAGUCACUCCAUCUACUCUGAUGAACAAUGUUACGGGAUAUCUUGUCUAUGACGAUCAGAAACCACUACCGGAAAGUGAUGACUUCGACUACGACGACGCCCUAGACGACACCAAAUUCAUCCCUUACGACAGCCAACCAGCAUUGGGGCCUGUUACACAUCCAAUCAAUCUUGUCAUGGCAUUCAAUCCCAACGACGCAAACCAAAACCGCGCAACAUUCAACAACGUCACCUAUGUCGCCCCAAAAGUCCCUACGCUCUAUACAGCCAUGUCGGCACCAGCUGAUCUAGUCAACAAUCCUCUCAUUUACGGUGUCAACUCCAACCCUUUCGUCCUUCCUAUGAAUGCUAUUGUCGAGAUUACUCUCAUCAACACCGAUACCGGUCCUCAUCCAUUCCAUCUCCAUUCCCACCAAUUCCAAGUCAUUGCACGUGGCCCGCCAGGCCCUGACGAAAACGGCAACCCUCUCUUACCAACCCACGUUCGCGUUCCUGCGGCCCCCAUGCGCCGCGAUACUAUACUCGUUUAUGCAGGCUCUUACAUCGUCCUUCGUUUCAAAGCCGAUAAUCCCGGUGUCACACUAUUCCACUGUCACAUCGAAUGGCACGUCGAAGCUGGUCUCGUUGUCACAUUCAUCGAGGCUCCGACAGAAUUGCAAGCCCUGAAAUUGAACAUUCCAGAAGAUCAUAAGCACGCGUGUCAAGCAAGGAAUAUCAGCAUGGUCGGGAACGCGGCUGGGAAUUCGGUGGAUUGGUUGGAUCUCACGGGUGCACCGUCACAGCCGGCGCUUGAUAACUGGGGAGCUUUGACUUAUACGCCGCCUGACUCCGAUAUUCUCGGACAGGCGGCGAAUAAGAUGCUGAAGAGCCGAGUUGCUAGGUUAUUGGGGAAGAAGAGCAUUUUCAGUUUGAAAUUUUGGUGAUGGUAUUGAUCAGCAGUGGGAGUUUGGAGUCUGUUUGUGGAACGUUUACAUAAAUAAUUUGCAAUCAUAAUUGAU